AUGGAAAAUUUUUAUUUUGUGCAAGACUCUGUACAACACUCUGUGCAAGGCUCUGUGGAAGGCUCUGUGCAAGGCUCUGUGCAAGUCUCUGUGCAAGGCUCUGUGCAAGGCUCUGUGCAAGACUCUGUGCAAGACUCUGUGGAAGGCUCUGUGCAAGACUCUGUGCAAGUUUCUGUGCAACUCUACUCUGUGCAAGGCUCUGUGCAAGACUCUGUGCAAGACUCUGUGCAAGACUCUGUGCAAGGCUCUGUGCAAGACUCUGUGCAAGGCUCUGUGCAAGACUCUGUGCAAGACUCUAUGCAAGGCUCUGUGCAAGGCUCUGUGCAAAGAGUUAAAGAUAAUCUACUUCCUAGUUCAAACCCCCAGCUGGACCCUCCAACUUUCCUCUCAGCCUCCAACUUUUCCUGUUUCUCCUCUCAGCCUCCAACUUUCCUCUCAGCCUCCAACUUUUCCUGUUUCUCCUCUAAGCCUCCAACUUUUCCUGUUUCUCCUCUCAGCCUCCAACUUUUCCUGUUUCUCCUCUCAGCCUCCAACUUUUCCUGUUUCUCCUCUCAGCCUCCAACUUUACCUGUUUCUCCUCUCAGCCUCCAACUUUCCUCUCAGCCUCCAACUUUUCCUGUUUCUCCUCUCAGCCUCCAACUUUUCAUGUUUCUCCUCUCAGCCUCCAACUUUUCCUGUUUCUCCUCUCAGCCUCCAACUUUUCCUGUUUCUCCUCUCAGCCUCCAACUUUCCUCUCAGCCUCCAACUUUUCCUGUUUCUCCUCUCAGCCUCCAACUUUUCAUGUUUCUCCUCUCAGCCUCCAACUUUUCCUGUUUCUCCUCUCAGCCUCCAACUUUUCCUGUUUCUCCUCUCAGCCUCCAACUUUUCAUGUUUCUCCUCUCAGCCUCCAACUUUUCCUGUUUCUCCUCUCAGCCUCCAACUUUUCACGUUUCUCCUCUCAGCCUCCAACUUUUCCUGUUUCUCCUCUCAGACUCCAACCUUUCAUGUUUCUCCUCUCAGCCUCCAACUUUUCCUGUUUCUCCUCUCAGCCUCCAACUUUUCACGUUUCUCCUCUCAGCCUCCAACUUUUCCUGUUUCUCCUCUCAGCCUCCAACUUUUCCUGUUUCUCCUCUCAGCCUCCAACUUUUCCUGUUUCUCCUCUCAGCCUCCAACUUUUCCUGUUUCUCCUCUCAGCCUCCAACUUUUCCUGUUUCUCCUCUCAGCCUCCAACUUUUCCUGUUUCUCCUCUCAGCCUCCAACUUUUCCUGUUUCUCCUCUCAGCCUCCAACUGUUCCUGUUUCUCCUCUCAGCCUCCAACUUUUCCUGUUUCUCCUCUCAGCCUCCAACUUUCCUCUCAGCCUCCAACUUUUCCUGUUUCUCCUCUCAGCCUCCAACUUUCCUCUCAGCCUCCAACUUUUCAUGUUCUCAUUCUAUCUUUUCUUCUAA